AUGGUACUAGGCACUUUGCGACACAUAAGCGGGCUGGACAGAGAUGCACUGCCCGAUCUCCUGGUAGACGGAACGGAAAUAAGUUGGACUGACAGUGUAGAGUACUUAGGAGUCACUAUCACGGGGACGCUAAACUGGGAAAGGCAUGUGUCGAGGACUGUAUCUAGAGUCAAUACGACGCUCCACCAGUUGAAACUUUGUAGACAUCUUUUACCGGACACACUGAGAGUGCGCCUCAUUCAAACCCUGAUAACUCCUAUUUUUGACUACUGCUGCGUGGUGUUGACUAAUAUUACACGAGAGCAAAACUGUCGUUUGCAGAGAGCCUUCAACAGGUGCAUGCGAUUUAUUUUUCAUGUCGGCUGGGAUGAGCACAUAACACCAUAUUUCGAGAGAUUGGGGUGGCUUAAAGUCGAGACUCGAAGGCAAUAUCACGUCGGAUGUUUCACCUUUUCAGUAAUCAACAAGAAAAAACCAAAAUCAAUUUUUAACAAUUUUGAGUUUAGAAGUGACAGAACGUGUAGGGGCACCAGAACACCGGGGGAAAAAUUGAUCCUACCACAAUGCCGAACUGAAUUCUAUAAACGGUCUUUCUGUAGUUUUGCCGCGGAACUCUGGAACGGUCUGCCAACGCAGCUGCGAGAAGUAGGAGAAAUAAAAGAAUUUAGGUGUAGGCUACUAGAGCAUCUGCGAUAUGCUGGAACGGCACGAUAA